GAUCCGACGCACAGUGUGCCUAUAAGGCCCAUUCGAGGUAUACUUACGAGUCCGCGCGAGCGAACCGAGCGGCGAUCCGCGCGACGAACGAGCGGGCGAGCGAGCGGAGAACCGAUCGGGCCGUCGAAGUGGGACCGCGGAAAAUAAACGUGCAGAAGUGGGGGCCGAUUCAAGAAUCGAUGUGGACACCCUCGCCUACCAAAGUCAUUCACCUAACGGUCAUCGGCGCGUCAGGAGUCCUCAUCUUCUUCCGUUAUCCGGUCUCGCCGAUCGCGGGGACUCGCGUUCGCUAUCGGUCGGCGCGCGACCUGUUGCGCGAGAGGAGACACCUCGGCCAGUUUCCGGAGUCCGUGUCGUUCUCCAAACUGCCCGCGGGGGAGAAGAGUGCUGAUCCCACGGAGAACUCGAUUUCGAGCAUCGAACAGUGAACGACGGCGUUAUCGAGUUGGUGGUGACGAGAGACUUUCUCGAGGACGCGCGCAUCUUAGUGAAAAAUAUAUUUCUGAGUGUGUGGCUAACCGUGCGGUUGUGUGUCUCGCUUCUCCCCGUAGCCGGCUGUGGACCAUGGACAAGAUCUCGCGGUGUCCGGCGUUUCUUAUAAAAUGGCGAGAAGUGUCCCGAGAGAUGUAGGUAGCCUCGGAAAAGCUUCGCGACACAUUGGAAUGCUUCGUCUGAAAUCGAGUCGCUGCUGAAUGCUGUUCGUAUCUACGCUGCGUUAAGUCAUCGUAACGACAAAAAUGAAUCAACAGUGCAAGGUGUGCGGCGAACCAGCGGCUGGCUUCCACUUCGGUGCGUUCACCUGCGAGGGUUGCAAGUCUUUCUUCGGGCGCUCCUACAACAACUUGAACAGCAUCGCCGACUGCAAGAACGACGGCAAGUGCGUGAUAAAUAAGAAGAACCGCACCGCGUGCAAAUCUUGCCGCCUGAGAAAAUGCAUCUUCGUCGGCAUGUCUAAGUCUGGCUCGCGAUACGGCCGCAGGUCGAACUGGUUCAAAAUUCACUGUCUAUUGCAACAGCAGCAGCAGCAAGAACAGCAGCAGCAACAGCUAGAGCAGCAGAUGCAACAGCAACAGCCACUGCAGCAGCGUGGUUGCCAGCAGCAGCAUCAGCAGCAACACUAUCAGCCAGCUAUUCUCAUGUCGCAUCAGCUAUCGCAGCAGCAACGCAAUCCGGCGAGUUCGCCUAUCCACGGCAUUCACGGCAAUCAAUGCAGGGACGAGGCCCUGUUGAUGAGCGCGGACGAGUACAAGAACUCCAACUCGCCCAACAUAAGCUCGCCCGAGUCCCACAACAGCGACAGCUCCGUCGAUGUCUCCGAGAGGAGAGCGGCCUUCGCCGGGCAUCACGGUAUUCGGUCGCUUCCGCACUUGCCACAGGUCGAUCUGUCUACCCUGGGCCUGCCAUUGGGCUUCCCUCUCAGCAACAUGUCGCUCCUGCCGUCGGCCUUCCUGCCACCACCCAGUCUCAUGUUCUCACCCUACGCCCACGUGUACGCGACAUCACACAGCGCAGCCCAUCCCCUCAUGGCGAGUCAUCCGUCCAGCAUGCUGCAACGUUCGCCGGUGACCACGAGCGACGAAAACGAUGAGCCCGCGACCGCCACGACGUCGACCAUGACAACGACCGUAGCCACGACGACCGCGUUGGGAACGUCAACGUCGUCGGCCGACGACAAAGACUCCUACGAGAAAAAUAACAAUAAUCGAUUUUGCCUGGAUAUGGUCCUGAAGCGCGAGCAACGAGAGACCGCGUCGGAGAGACCGCGGAAGAGAGCGCGACUUUCCGAAGGUAGCUCGACCGAGUGCAGCCCGGAACGGGAAGUCGCCUGUCCGCCACCGCAGGAUGAUCCUAUAGAUCUAUCCAUGAAAUCCGCCGCGACACCCGUUAGUGAUCAUUUACCGAACGAGGUAGACGAUGAGAUAGAUAACGCCAGCGAUGCGGAAAGCUCGGCUGCGAAGAAACCGAUAGAUUUAACGACAAGAUCCUAAGAUCGGACUCGGAUUCGACAUGAACGAUUAGGAUGAAACGACAUUAUUCUUCUAUCUCCACUGAUUGACAUAUAUCGCUAUCAGGACAAAGUGUCUCACGCUUUAUUUAAAUUUACCACAGACUUCUAUCUACAUGUCACCUAGACUGCUAUUAGUUCAGUGCGGAUUGAGCUCAAACCCCGUAAGGGGUAGCAGAGGAACGUACAGUUUUACAAUUUUUUAUUGUACCACCUGCGACUGGCACGCGACAUCGAUAACAUAAUGAAUUAAAGCACGUCAAAAAUAUUGUACAAGUCAAAUAUGUUUCUAGCCUUCUGGUCCAUUCACACGCUGACACAUUGGGAAGGGCGGCUAUUGUGAAGUGCUAUAAUGUGCGUGUCCUUUCGAAGAUGGCCGCCCUUCCCCGCUGUUCGCCUUAGACAGCCAUCGCUCGCAAACUGCAUCAGCGGUCUAGAUAAUAUAUAGAAGUCUGUGUGAAAUUUACUCACAUACAGUUAUUUUCCAGUUUUGUUUGAUUUUCAAAACAAUGGAACGCUUCGCAACAAUUUUAUUAUUAACUGUACACGACGAAGUGGCGGGAGAAGAAGAAUGUUGUUUUAUCUCGCUAUUUUCUAGUUACAAGACCCCGUGUAUACACGAAUAGUUUUCUCGUCGCAUAAUAGCCCUGUCGUUCGUAUGCACGGGAUCAAAUGGCGGGGUAAUCUUGUGGAUUAUCUUUUGAGAAAAUUGCAUUUUGUGCCGUUUGAAACUAGAAGUGGCGAGUCAAAUCUGUGCGACUUUUUCACAGACUAUCUCUAGUUUUAUACAAACGAACGCCUUCGACAUUGCGCGCUAACAAGGGAAAUUACACUUCGAUUCAUUCGUUAGAAGUUCAAAUGCGAAGUAGGAAAAGUGUUUGUUUAUGUCGAUUUAACAUCUUUAAGUAACGAGAUAAAAUAGUUUAUUACAUCGAUGAGGCAUUUGCGUCGGUAUUUAUGCCUAUGUUACGCGAGAGAGAGAAUUUAAUUCUGUGCGUACUGAAAUUCUAAGUACGAGAAACAAUUUUAAAGAAUAACGCUAUCUCUUCCAGUCUAACAGAAAAAUUUUAUUAAUGUCUUAGAAAGGAAAUAUUAGUUCACACAUUUCUACACUCAUUAUACUGUAUAUAUGUAUAAUCUAUACAGAUUUAUAUGUACAAUGAACAAGGUUGUCUUAUAAUCAUUUCUCAUGGACAGAUAGAAUGGGUUAAACUGAAUAGAAAAAUCCUUGUUUUGUAAGUUUCUCAGUAAUUAAUUAAAAGUUAAUUGAUAAAGAUCUGCAAAUAAGAUCUGCAUCCAUGCGAUUCGACGAGACGAAAUCAAGCAGUCGUUCCAUGCGUGAAAGCCACGGAGCGUUCAUCAUUGUUGUUGUUGUUGUUGUUUAUCGAGCUCCUUCCAGUGUCUCGUCGCGCAACCGGAAACGCUAGACUGUCCCUUUUCGCCGAAUCGCGCGGACGCUGAUUCGCAAAUCUUUACCAAUUAAUUUCUCAUCAUUUAUCACCAUAAUCACAAGUUGUGGUUAAUUGUAAUGAUUAAUCUUUUUUAUUUCAAUGCACUUAAAAAGAUAAAGCUGCCAUCUAAUUAUUUUUAUUCUAUCUCUCUAUCUCUCUCCCUUUCUCUCUCUCUCACUCGCAUGACUUUCUUCCGCUAUAUAAGAAUUGUAUAGAAAAGCACGAUUUUUUCUCAGUGUGUAUAAAGUUCAAUAGCGAAUUUGAAUGUGCUUUGACAUUAUUAUUGUAUAAUUUUGUUAGUCGAUUGAUUUCUAACAUAUACCGAAUAUUGGCAAUGUGUAUUGGAAAAAGCGAAGUUAAAAAGUGAGAACGUUGUAAUUUAAAAACUGUUAUUAAAUGUCACUUCGUUGAAAAAGAAGUUGACAUAAGUUGUACAUACAUCUAUUAUACAUAUGUGCAACGUGCUAAGUAUACGAUUAGUUGUAGAUAUAUCUCGUGAUUUAGAAAAAUUAAUAAAACGUCGAUUAUAUUUUAUUGUUAGAACGUUUUUAUUAGAUAAAUAGAUUUUCCUUGAAUGACCGAAAUGAAAGAGCCACUCGAAAAAGGAUUAAUGACGGAUAAGUUUCACCACACUUCUAUUGAUUACUGAUUGCUCAUGUAUCGUGAAUUUUAAUUCGGUGUAUCCGCCAACAACCAGUUACAAAAAAUAAAAACAUGCAGAUAGAUAUAAAA